GUGUUUCUUCUAUACACAUGAUGCCAUGUUUUCUCAAACAAAACCACACCACACGCAUGAAUCAAACAUUCUUCAACUCUUGUCAAUUCUUCUUAGAAUUUCCUCGUGCACCUAAUCUCUCAUUUCUUCCUUCUCUAUCAAUCAAUAACUACCUAUACCAGAAUUAACCAAUUUUUUCUUCUUUCUAUUUCCAUCCCAAAUUUCUUUUAACUUUAUUACCAUAACCUAUCAUAUCCUAAAUUUUGGAAUAUAUCACAAUGAUGAAAUAUACAUCUCAAUGAAGGAUAUAGUGGCUGAUACGUGUAUUCUUCUUCAAUUGUGACCGCUUAACGUAACGUGACCAAGUGUCACCAUGCCAUAAAUAAUGCCACAAAAGUAUUCAACUAACAACAAUACCAACCGAUAAACAUCAACGUUAUUAUGAGCCGUACCAGCUGAAUUAUGAAGUGUUUCACACUAUGCUUAGUUUCUUUCAUGGUUCUCUUUGCUUCAUGCUUUCAGAGUGUUUCAUCACAAAAUUUAUCUCAAAGUGACAUACAACAAGCUGGUUUGCCACCAAGAGGUUGGAAUUCAUAUGAUGCAUUUUCAUGGAUAAUUUCUGAACAAGAAUUCUUUCAAAAUGCUGAACUAGUCUCUAAGCGUCUCCGUGUUCAUGGAUAUGAGUAUGUUGUGGUGGAUUACCUCUGGUAUAGGAAGAAAGUUCCUGGUGCUUAUAGUAAUUCUCUUGGAUUCGACGUGAUUGAUGAAUGGGGAAGAAUGGUACCUGAUCCAGGAAGGUGGCCUUCUUCCAAUGGUGGGAAGGGUUUCAGUGAAGUUGCUAGGAAAGUACAUAGUUUAGGUUUGAAGUUUGGGAUUCAUGUUAUGAGAGGAAUAAGCACACAAGCUGUGAAUGCAAACACCCCUAUCCUAGACACAGUAAAGGGUGGUGCUUAUAAAGAAGCCGGUCGAGUGUGGCAUGCAAAAGACAUAGCAAUCCCAUCAAGGACUUGCGCAUGGAUGUCUAAUGGUUUCAUGAGUGUAAAUACAAAGUUAGGAGCAGGGAGAGCUUUUUUGAGAUCCCUUUAUGAGCAGUAUGCUGCUUGGGGUGUUGAUUUGGUGAAGCAUGACUGUGUGUUUGGUGAUGACUUGGAUAUAAGUGAGAUAGCCUAUGUAUCUGAGGUUCUCAGCCAGAUUAAUCGCCCCUUUGUGUAUUCUUUAUCUCCCGGAACCAGUGUGACACCCGCCUUGGCCAAGGAUGUCAGUGGACUAGUCAACAUGUAUCGCAUAACAGGAGAUGAUUGGGAUACAUGGGGGGAUGUCAAGGCUCAUUUUAAUAUAGCAAGGGAUUUAUCUACAGCUAAUAUGAUAGGCGCAAAAGGUUUAAAGGGAAGUUCAUGGCCUGAUUUGGACAUGCUACCGUUUGGAUGGCUAACUGAUCCAGGUUCCAAUGAAGGUCCCCACAGGUACAGUAAACUGAAUCUAGAAGAGAAAAGGACGCAGAUGACUUUGUGGGCUUUUGCAAAGUCACCCCUUAUGUAUGGAGGCGAUGUGCGGAGGAUUGAUCCUAUCACAUUCGGAAUUAUCACGAAACCUACCCUACUAGAGAUUAAUUAUUUCAGCUCAAAUAAUAUGGAGUUUCCUUAUGUGACGAGCUCGGAGAACUCGAAGAGUGGAUAUCAUCAUCAUAUAGGGAAAUUGAAAAGAUCUAAGAAAGGAAAGAAACGUAUACAUUCAUUACGCUUUACUCGCUGCACUGAUUCAAAGGCAAGUGGUUGGACUAUUGAAAAUCUUAACCAAAAUCUUGAAAGAAUCUGUUGGAAAGGGAGUUUAGAAAACGAGCAUCAGAACCCUUUCUGCGUACAAAAGAGAGAACUUCAGUUCAGAUUAGACGGAACUGGUAUGUAUCAAGAAGACUAUCGCGGGAAACAUCAAUUAUUUGCAGCCAAUCAAAUGAGAUUUUGCUUGGACGGUUCUCCUAAACGAAAAGUUACUUCCAAAGAGUUCAAGAGAGGCUCAUUUUCUCCCUGCAGAAUGGAUUCAAAUCAGAUUUGGGAGCUAAAAUCCAAUGGGACCCUGGUAAAUAGUUACUCAGGUCUUUGUGCAACAGUAAAUUAUAUAGAAGCUAAUGUUGAUUCUGGCGGGGUUCGCUCUUGGAUAGCGACGGGAAGAAGAGGAGAAGUGUAUCUAGCUUUCUUCAAUCUAAGUGAUGAACAAAAGACAACAAUAUAUGCAAAAACAUCAUUUUUGGCUAAGGUUUUACCUGACAGAAGAAUCAAUUCAUGUAAAGGUAAGGAAGUGUGGAGUGGAAAAAGGAUUGUUGUAACAGCACAAGGGACAAUAGCAAUGGACGUUGAAGUUCAUGGAUGUGCACUUUUUGUUCUAUAUUGCAGCUAAAAGAUAAACAACCUCAUUGUUGAGCCAUAAUUUUUUCCAUUUAUUCAGAGAUGGUUAUGUGGUGUGUAAGUGUUGGAUCCCACCAUGUUAUAGACAAGUUACGUAAGUAACUUGAGUUGUGUUAUAGCCUUGUGUUUUUUCCACAAAGUAUGUGAUGGAUGUAUACUUUCUAAUUAUAAGAACUUCAUUCUUGUUUCAUUUGUUAAAUUAAUGAAGUUAUGCCUGAAAAAGUAUGCA